CCCGGUCCCUCCCGCGCGCCCGAGUGAUGGAGGGGAAGAGAUUCGCUUAGACACACACACGCGCACACAGCUGGGCACGUCUCCGGGAGGCAGCUGCCGGCUGGGGCGCUCCAGGGGCCGGGCGGCGGCCGUGACAGCACUCGCCGCGGGGAGCUGAGAACCCGCACAGCUUGGCACCGGCGGCUCCAAGACCCAGGGAGGGAAGAACCCAGCCACAUUGACUGUUGCUUUUUGGGGAGGAUCGGGAGGGAGGAGGCUGCCCAAGGAGCUGUCACCGCGGACCCGGGAGGCUUGGCCACCAGCGCUCAGAGUCAGGGGUCGCGCUGGUGCCCGCCCGGGGCGAGGAGGAUGCGCCCCUCCUCCCGCAGAGCGGUAGCGGGCCCGGGCGCUGCGCGAACUCGGGCUCUGGCGGCCGCCCGUGUCGUGUUCGCGCCGCGGGAGCGCGCCUUGCCGCACCUGGCUGGAGUCUCCUGGGGAAGUGAAGGAAACGCGCCCUAAACUCCACUACGUACUUCUCUCCCGCUUCCUUCUCCUCCUGGCCCCCCUCCCGGGACCUCACUGCCGCCGCGGCCGCCACUAACUGCGCGUGGGGCCCGCCCGCCUCUUACUCUCGCGCGCGCACGCACAGUCCGGUUCGCUCGCUCCCAUUCACGCCGACUGGCUCUCCGCGAGCCGAAGCCCGGGUAUCCGAAACUACUGGACAAACUGCUGCCGGAACUGCAGGAGUUGCCCAGUGGCCUGGCGCGACCCGCUGCUGGUCCCUGCGCCGUGGGCUCCCGCCUGCACCGCCGCCGCCAGGGACGAUGGUGCAUGGCAAGCAAACCUCCUGCACAACUGCAAUCACUUCACCUAUGUGAGCUCCGCGCUCCGGCUUCCCUCCUUUGCGUGCUUCAGGCCACCCACCCAAGGGAGCUGCUUCUCAGGUCCCUGGUCUUCCCGGCCCUUGCCCGAGAUAAUCAGGUACCUAGAGGCCACAGCAUUGUCUUCCCUUCUGAAUGACGUUUCUGGUGUCUACCUACGGAGACUCCUUGGCCAGCUUUGAAACACUUGGAAAUUAAACAGAGAAUCCACUGUACACGUUGUUCUUGAAAAUUUCCAUCGUAUAUGUUCAGAACUUUCUGAAUAAGCAUAAAGAUGUGAAGGUGCUAAUAAACAGGGAACACGUCCGAAGGCCAAGUGGUUGAGGAGAGGCCAUGGAAUAUCCCCCAACCAGAUAAUCAUCGCUGGAAUAAUUGGGAAGUGUCUGAAUGUAGGCUGCAGAAGUCCUGAAGGUUGAUGGAGGGCCAUGCUAUUCAAACAGCAGGCGUGGCUGAGACAGAAGCUCCUGGUGCUGGGAAGCCUUGCCGUUGGGAGUCUCCUGUAUCUAGUCGCCAGAGUUGGGAGCUUGGAUAGGCUACAACCCAUUUGCCCCAUUGAAGGCCGAUUCGGAGCCCGUGGGCAGGCUGAAUUCCCUCUCCGUGCCCUGCAGUUUAAGCGUGGCCUGCUGCACGAGUUCCGGAAGGGCAAUGCUUCCAAGGAGCAGGUUCGCCUUCAUGACCUGGUCCAACAGCUCCCCAAGGCCAUUAUCAUUGGGGUGAGGAAAGGAGGUACGAGGGCCCUGCUUGAGAUGCUGAAUCUCCAUCCGGCAGUGGUCAAAGCCUCUCAAGAAAUCCACUUUUUUGACAAUGAUGAGAAUUAUGCCAAGGGGAUUGAGUGGUAUCGGAAAAAGAUGCCUUUUUCCUACCCUCAGCAAAUCACAAUUGAAAAGAGCCCAGCAUAUUUUAUCACAGAGGAGGUUCCGGAAAGGAUUUACAAAAUGAACUCAUCCAUCAAGUUGUUGAUCAUUGUCAGGGAGCCAACCACAAGAGCUAUUUCUGAUUAUACUCAGGUGCUAGAGGGGAAGGAGAGGAAGAAUAAAACUUAUUACAAGUUUGAGAAGCUGGCAAUUGACCCUAAUACCUGCGAAGUGAACACAAAAUACAAAGCGGUAAGGACCAGCAUCUACACCAAACAUCUGGAAAGAUGGUUGAAAUACUUUCCAAUUGAGCAAUUUCACAUUGUCGAUGGAGAUCGCCUCAUCACGGAACCUCUGCCAGAACUUCAGCUCGUAGAGAAGUUCCUAAAUCUUCCCCCAAGAAUAAGUCAAUACAAUUUAUAUUUCAAUGCUACCAGAGGGUUUUACUGCUUGAGAUUUAACAUUAUCUUUAAUAAGUGCCUGGCUGGCAGCAAGGGGCGCAUUCAUCCAGAGGUGGACCCCUCUGUCAUUACCAAAUUGCGCAAAUUCUUUCACCCUUUUAAUCAAAAAUUUUACCAGAUCACUGGGAGGACAUUGAACUGGCCCUAAAAUAAUGUCAUACAACACUAUGUGUUGUGCCUGGAGACACACAUUGUCUCCUCUAGAUUAAAAUAUGCACUUUUCCUAGACACAACUAUACAAGUCGUUUUUCCAUGUAUACUUGUACAUACUCAGUGUGUGACCAAAUAUAAGAUCAGUUCCUUUUCUACUGAAAAUUUACAAAAAACAAUUUGCUGUCUGCAUAGUUGCAUCUUUUAAGCUAUUUACUAAAAGAAGAGGUGGUGGUAUUAGGGGAAAGUGACUUCAGCUAUUUUCAAAGAGUCUUCCUUUGAGUCAGAAUUUGUCACCCACCAUUUUCAUAGAUUUAAGCCAAAAGAUUAAUGUGUGAAAAUGUACCAAUGGCUGUGAAGCUUCAGGAAGCAGAGGAUUCAGUUAUGCAUUCUUGUCUGGGGGAAAGCUGGCUCUUUAAUUCAGAUGCUGAAUUGGUGCCAUGAAAACAGAAAAUACUAUUUUCUUAUGAUUUAAAAGAAUGUCUUAUCUCAUAAAUUGACAUUGUUCCAAAGUUCCUGUGGUGAUUUUGCACUAUUGUUUUCUCGUAUAGACCAUGGUGUCACUUGUAGCAUGUCAAUUACACAUUGGAAAGUCACGUCCUUUUACUUCCAUGUUCUAUGUCAACAAAGAGAAAUGUCAUGUACAUAUGUAUAUUAUUGUAAAUACUGGUUUCACACUAAGUAAUUCUAUUUUGUAAACUGAAUAUCGCUAUUUAAUUUAUUGUGAGAAUUAAAUUUAUUGUGGUAUUUAAAAAUGGAAUGGAUUAAAAUUACUCUAUGUGCAACUUUUUUUUUUUUUUUUUUUUACUUAUUUUGUUUUAUGUGUCCCCUGCUGGAUCCCAAAAUUGAAGUUGUUUGUGUGCAUAUGAGCACACCUGGAAACAUGCACUUCUCCAUUGGAUUUUUGUACCCUUGUGAAAAUGUAUUUACGAAGUGAGGCUGAGUAUAUUAAAAAAAAUAAAAGUCAACCAUCUGGAAAUCUAGUAUAAUAGCCACCUCAAAGAACACGAGUGCUGCUCUGCUACAACUCUAUGACAAUUAAUUUACUUGUAGUUGCUGCUGUGCCAGAAGAGAGACAAGAAAUGCUUUAAUAUGAUCAAGGCAUAGAAGAAUCUCAAUUUUAUUUCAACCUCUAAUCAGAGUCAGACCAGUAGAGAAACUGAAUAAAAUAAGAUGAGAAAACUUGUGUGGUCUCUGUACUGAAAGUUGCUGACGCUUCAAAAUUGAAUGCAAGCUCUCAGAACUCCAUCUUUGAGAUGAAAAUAUUAUCAAUCUACUCAGAAAUGAUCCAAUUGAAUAGCGUUGUUAUUACUAACAUAAAUAUAUGGCUCAUAUUUCCAUCCAGAGACAUUAAUGCUAAAUUGGGUGUUUGCUAACAUCAGAUACACUAUAGUAUGCUUAAAUAUAAUUCAGAAAACCAUGGAAAGACGUAUCGAAAAAAAAAACAAAGAAAGAUGGAUUUUUCCCAAUCAUGGUUGCCUAUCCAGUGGAAGAUGUUUGAGAGACUUAGUUCAGUAUCACAUUCAGCAUGGCUAGAGAAAUCAGCAAAUUACAAUGGAUUCCCUUUUGAGUAUAAACGUGUUGAUUUUCUCCAUGAGUUGUUUAUCCUGUCCAGUGAUUUGAUGGUGAACGUUUUUACAAGUAAAAAGCCCUUUCCCCUCCAAUGUCGGUGUGUAUUGCUUCUCAAGCUACAGGCUUGGUAAUCAUCUCUGCUGUUUCAAUUAGCAGUGAUGCUGUUCUCUCAGCAUGGAACAAGCACACGCUGUCAGGCCAGUUUCUUGCUCACUGUGCAAUGACUCCGGAGUGAGAGUCUCAGGUCUAAAUGUCAAUCACUUCUCCCUUAAGCCAUGAAUGAAAUCAAACAUAAGGAAUCUGUCAUCAGAUUUCGCUGUGCCUCAACUCUCAACUAACCUUCAGAGGAAACUCUCUGAAUACUACAUUCAAGGACAUAAUCACACAUUAUCAUUAAUUUUAUUAUAACUAUUCCUAUAGCACUAUACGACUAAUAAGUUUUAUACCAGUAACUGUCAAAUUAUGCCCCUUUGGAACACUGAUGUUUCAGAAUCUCAGCGUAGGUAUUCCACCAGUAAAAUUGAAAAAUAACAAUCUUUUUCUAGACUCACAGAGGAAUUUUAAUUUCAUUAAAAUAAUGAAUAGAAGUUUCUCAGUGAUAAUCUCUUACAUUCCAAUUUUUCUUAAACUUUACU